AACAGACACUGAACAGCUGAAUAAACGGAGCGUCUGGUGUGUUAGGAAACCAGCUGAAUCUCUCAAAAAGAGGCGUUUUCAUUGGCGUGUUCGUUGACCGCUUGUGCCUGUCUGUCGGACUCAUUCAUCGGUUGUUGUACACGUUGUCACUCCCCUUCAGCAUCGCUCCUUCUACACUCCCAUUACAACAUGUCGGUGGAGCCUCCCCCCCUGAAUCCCAUGGUCGACGAGGAUGAGGACGACGACGACGACUUGUUUAAAAGCGCCAUCUCGGGCCCCACCCCCGCCUUGCAGGUCAAAUCCCAGGCCCACGAGGACGAAGAUUCCAGUGGCUACCAUACACAUGCGGCCAUGGAACGAUCGGACACGCUGGAAGACGUGAAUCUGAACGAGGAUAGCGGGUCGUCGCCGGAAAAGGUCGAGAUUUUGGCCACCGCUUCCCCUGGGCCCGUUGAGCCCGAGCCUUCGAAAAAGUUGGGCGUGGACUUGGCUCAGAUUCGCUUGAGUGAGCAUGAGAUCGGGGCGAGCCCGGACGUGAGCCGAGAAGCCUCACAAGAGCCCGAACAUUUUGGGCACGACGACGACGACGACGAAGAAGAAGAAGACAAUCCGUUUCAUGAUACCCAUUUAAACCUGUCCGGAGCUGUUGGAUCUAGGUCUCAAGUGGAAAACGGUCCCACUCAUGAAAGAAGCAAUGGAGGUCAAGUGAAUGGCUCCAAUGGAGCUCAAUCCAACGUGAUGGAGCCAUUGGACCCCACGGAAAUGGACGAACUCGAAGGGGGCGAUGACUUCAUUCAAGUAUCAGUCACCGAGCCUCACAAGGUUGGCGAUGGAAUGACUUCCUAUAUGGUUUACAAGGUGUCCACCAAGACCUCAUUCAACUUCUUCAGAAGUAAGGAAUUAUCCGUCAAUCGGAGGUUUUCGGACUUCCUCGGACUCCAUGACAAAUUGUCAGAGAAGUACCUUCAAAAUGGCCGUAUUAUUCCGCCUGCCCCUGGUAAAAGUGUCAUUGGAAUGACCAAACUGAAAAUGACUGCCAAAGAUGGAGGAGCCAACGGUGAAGAUCUGUCUACUCCCCAAAAUCCCAAUAACGAUGAGUUUGUGGAGCGACGUCGUGCAGCCCUUGAGCGCUAUUUGAACCGCACAGUGGCUCAUCCCUCAUUGCGGGCUGAUCCAGAUCUGAGGGAAUUUCUGGAACUUCCCACUGAAUUACCCAAGUCCAACCAGACGUCGACUUUGUCGGGAAAGAACGUGAUGAGGUUCAUUUCCAAGAGCGUGGACCGUGUGACAAACAUGACACUCAAAAUGGAAGAGACCGACGAAUGGUUUGAGGAGAAGAACCACAGUAUUGAGCAACUGGAUCAACACCUGAGGAAACUUCACUCAGCCACCGAAUCGUUGCAUGAAUACCGAAGAACAUUGGCGUAUCACACGGGCGUAUUAUCAAAGUCCUUGGCCGUUUUAUCCGGAUUGGAAGAGAACACCGAGCUUUCGGGGGCUUUGGCUCAUCUAUCUGGGGUCCAAGAAAAAGUGGAACACGUUCAUGGCGAGCAAGCCUCUGCCGAUUUCUACCUGCUCUCCGAACUCAUCAAGGAUUAUAUCGGAUUAGUGGGCGCCGUCAAGGACGUAUUUCAAGAGCGAAUAAAAGCCUGGCAACAUUGGCAGAAUGCCUCUGUGGCUUUAACCAAGAAGCGCGAAGCCAAGGCCAAGGCUGAGCUCCAAGGACGCCAGGAUCGCGUGGCAGUUCUGAGGGAAGAGAUCGUCGACCAAGAACGUCAGCAAGAUAUGGCUCAAGAGAACUUCAAGACGAUAUCCCGCCUGAUCAAGAAGGAAGUGGAGCAGUUCGAUGUACGGAAGGCUCAGGAUUUCAAGAAAGGGAUCAUUGGGUACUUGCAAGUGAUGUUGAAGUCUCAGGAGGAUAUCUCCAAGCAUUGGGAGCAAUAUCUGCCCGAGAUCAAGCAAAUCAGUCACAAUUGAUGACCCGAAACCGUUCAUUCCAUGUCCCAUUGUGGCAAAAGUUUCAAAGGCAGUUCUAUUCAUGACUUGAUCCCAGUCUGUGUUGAUUUCCGCAAUUGAGCGACACAUUUUUUGCCUGCAAUCCACCCGUGAAUGAUUUAAAGUUGUGAUGGGAAUUAUGAUUUAUAAGAAUAUAGUCUAUUUAUGUAUACUAUGUCUGUGACCUGGUCCCAUGACUUGGAGUAUUUACGUGACCAUCCAUAUUUCAGCUCCACAUUUUUACCGACCAUUGGUCUACUCCUAUCAUUAUUACUAUUAUUAUUAUUAUCAUUACUACAUUAUUACCUCUUCCCCAUUAUUGUUUCACAAUUGCGUUUUGAACAUAACUCCAUGAUUGUAAGACCUUCUCCGUGGCCGGGACUGUUUUCAAUACUGAUUCAGAUAUUCAUAUUCAUAUGCAUCUGUGAUAUUCAAUACCCUCGUCGCCCUCCAACUCGUCCUUGAUUCUUUCAAUCUGACCGACUCGGAUGGAGGCAAUUCUGGAUCCUGAAAAUAAAUUGUGCCACCAAAACGAAAUAUAUUGCCUUUCUGAACA